GUUGAUCGAGCAAGAACAAAAUGGCGGCCAUUAUGGUCUGAAAAAGAGUUUAUYUUUAUGGCGAUUUGWAUGCCUUUCAUGUAGUUCCAGCUGUCAAUCAUGUCCAUGAUGAUGAAACCACCUAUUCCUAGUUUUCCAUAUACUCCUGAAAAUGUCCAGAGACUCGAGAAGGCUUUGCAAGCAAUGCAGGAAAAGGGGAUGGAAAAUGACCCWCGUUAUGCACAGUUGUUGUCACUCAUGCAAGGGAGACCYCCCAUGAUGGAGGAUAACUCUUACAGCAUGGGUAACAUGCCGACAAAUGCCCCACCCAUGCAUUAUGGUGAUGCUGGCCCAAGUWAUGUACMAGGGCCAUCAAGCAUGCCAGACCCAAGUCAAAGAGCUUCUCCGGCUACAGUACCUGGACAAAAAUCUUUUAAUUCUCAGCAGUUGCUCCAACUACGAGCACAAAUUAUGGCUUACAAACUGAUUUCCAGGAAUCAACCAUUACCAGAUCAUAUCAAGAUGGCCAUGUUGGGUAAACAACCAUCCAAGAUGACAAUGGUUCCUGGAAAUUCCAUGACAAGUGGACCAGGAAAUUCCAGUCAGACAACUCCACAAGCAUCAACCCCACAGACACAGGCCUCUAUAGCUAAUACUUCUACGCCAUCUGCUAGUAUAGCACCCAACCAGACUGCAUAUAACGUACCAGGAAUGACUCCAGCACAAAAGAUUCAAGGCAGCAUGAAUAAACCAACAGGAACAAGCAACAACCAGACAUCCAUGGCGGCCGCUAAGGGAGCUGCUGCUAGYGCAAUCGCAGCCGCYAACCAGCAACAAAAACUCAAAGAACAGCAGAGGCAAGCAUUGGCAUUACAGCAGCAGCAACAACAAUCGCAACAACGCAAACCACAACCUCACUUGCAGAUGUCUAAGUCACAGCUAGCUCCUGUUACGAAGCCAACAGGUCUUGAUCCUGUAGCGAUAUUGAAAGARAGGGAGAAUAGAAUACAAGCAAGAAUUGUGCAGAGGAUCAAAGAACUUGAAGGUCUUCCUGGAAAUUUACCAGAUGAUUUGAGACUCAAAGCCAUGAUUGAACUCAGGGCAUUGAGACUACUGAAUGUUCAGAAGCAGUUGAGAAGUGAAGUUAUAGCAUGUACAAGAAGAGACACUACACUAGAAACAGCACUAAACUCUAAAGCAUAUAAACGCAACAAGAAGCAGUCCCUCAGAGAAGCAAGGAUUACUGAGAAACUGGAAAAACAACAGAAAAUGGAACAGGAAAGGAAGCGCAGGCAGAAACACCAGGAAUACCUCAACAUGAUUUUACAACAUGUCAGAGAUUUCAAGGAAUAUCACCGGUCUGUUCAGUCCAAGAUUAUCAARCUAAAUAAAGCAGUGAUGAAUUAUCACUCAGUAACAGACAGGGAGAAGAAGAAAGAAGAAGAAAGAAUAGAGAAAGAGAGAAUGAGAAAUGAGUACAUUGCUAGUCUUACAAAGAUGGUCCAACAGCACUUUUUUUACCAUAAGAAGAAGCAAAAGGGAAGAGUUCGACGCAAGUCAGACUUUUUUUAUGAGACUCCUGAGGGUGACAGACGCGUCACUGUUGUAAAUACAGAGACAAAUGAAGUUCUCAAGGGUGAUGAAGCUCCAAAGGCAGAUGAGCUGUUUUUUUGGCUUGCUAACCAUCCAGGCUACGCAGUGGCUCCAAGACAAGAAGAUGAUUCAGCUGAUGAAGACGACGAUGAAGAAGAAGAUGAUGAAGACACAAACCUUUUUUUAAUGUCAUGGCAAAGGUUAUCUGAGAAAGAGAGACGUAGAGAGAUUUUUUUCAAAGAUGAUGUAGGUGAAUCGGCGGCAGCUCAAGAAGCUGUCAACUACUAUGGAAUGGCUCAUACUGUCAAGGAAUCCAUCAUUUUUUUGCCUUCUUUACUAAUUGGAGGGASAUUAAAGGAAUAUCAGCUUCUUGGUUUGGAAUGGAUGGUUUCUCUACAUAACAAUAAUCUAAAUGGAAUCCUUGCGGAUGAGAUGGGUCUUGGGAAAACCAUUCAAACAAUUGCCUUAUUUACAUACUUGAUUGAGAUCAAGAGACUUAACGGACCCUUCUUGGUCAUUGUCCCAUUAUCAACUCUUUCUAACUGGGUUCUUGAGUUUGAGAAUUUUUUUCCUUCAGUGAUUGUGGUCAAAUCACAGUUACCAGACAAGGUCGAGUAUGUCAUCAAGUGUGACAUGUCGUUAUUACAACGUAUACUUGCCAACCACAUGCAUAAGAAAGGUGUGYUGCUSACUGAYGGAUCAGAGAAGGAUAARAAGGUCUGUAUURCUGUAAUAUCAUCACUAAGUCUYCCUUACCUUCGCCUUGAUGGUACAACUAAGUCAGAAGACAGAGGUCAAUUACUGGCUCUGUUCAAUGCCAAAGAUUCGCCUUACUUUGUCUUUCUACUCAGCACAAGAGCUGGUGGUCUGGGAYUGAAUUUACAAGCUGCCGACACUGUCGUAAUAUUUGACAGUGAUUGGAAUCCACACCAGGUAAAGAAAAACCACAAAACUAGUAAAGGAAACCUCAAAUAUACUUCCAGGAUACUUUACAUUCUUGUUUAUUUUUCUAUUCAGAGAAUGGACAAAGAAAGAAGACGGCAGAAUAUGAGGGAAGGCAACAGGACAAGGUUGAUUGCAGCGGAAGAGCUGCCACAAUGGAUCCUCAAGGAUGAUGCAGAGGUUGAGCGUUUGACAUGGGAGGAGGAAGACGAGAAGCUCUUUGGGCGUGGUUCCCGUCAGAGGAAGGAGGUCGACUACAGCGAACACUUGACUGAAAAGCAGUGGUUGAAAGCCAUCGAAGAAGGUUCCCUAGACGAGAUAGAAGAACGACAAAAAACAAGGAAAAUGAACAAGAAAAGGAAACGAGAANACAAUGAACGAAUCAAUUCCUAUCGUUAUCGAAGCCUUGARGAUCUCGAGGAAGAUUUCAUUCUGAUGUGUAGAAAUGCACAAACGUACAACAUGGAAGGAUCAAUCAUCUAUGAAGACUCCAUCAAGCUACAAUCUCUGUUUGUUCACGCUCUCAGUAAG